GAUGGUUAUACUGUUACACGUAUGCGCAUAGUAUAUGAAUGUCUUGUAAUUUGCAACUCAACUUAUCUUCAGUCUUCAGUCUGGUGCCAUAUCUGCCUUGCUUAUGACAGACACUCAGUUAUUAAAAUUUAUAGCAAAAAGGAAUAGCAGGGAGCAUUAAUUUUCGUUAAUUUUAUCAAAGUAAUUAUUUUUUUCAAUUAACUUUCUAGUAAAUUGUAUUUAAAAUACUUGGAUCUUAACUGCACUCUGAGAUGGGCCGCAAAAUAACGGGUUCCUAGUAAUUGUAUCUUUAUCAAGACAAAUAUUUCCAACUUUGUUCGAAAUUUUCCGCUAAUUAUAAAAUCAUUUUUUUUUAAUUUCAACCCGUUUAUAUUUCCAAAUUUAAAUCUCCUGUAAAAGCGGGUGUGCGACCUGAGUCGCGCCGAUAUCAUGAGUUCUCGUUUCAGUGAAUUUAUUCAUUUCAAUAGAUAGGAAACCUCCUUGUCGACAUUUCCCCCACCCAAGCUUGUCCUCUAAACGUUUGCUGGCUGUACAGAAACAGAGAAGCCUUCUCAAUCUCAUUCAUUUUUGGACAGCUCAUGAAAAAAGGUUCCCUCUUUGCAGCGCAGAAAAGUUCCUCAGCACAGAUUAGAUGAACCCUGAAGUGAAUCGUGUGCGUUGCUAAAUUGAGAAUAUUGUGCUGUAAAAAGAAAUAGGCCAACAUGCAAUCUCAACAGAACAAUGUUCUGGACGACCAUCUGCGUCGCCUGACCAGCGAGGAGCGCCUUCGUCUCGCGACUGCUUUGGCCGAAAGCGGAAAAUUCGCGACCUGCUCUGCUUCUAGCGGCGCCUCAAACCUCAAACACCGGCGCCCGAAACCAAUCGCGCCGACACAAACUUUGGCCCCCCAGGCCCCUCUGCCCCCAGUCAGUGUAAAACCAGACAAAUCGAAAAAGGAGGAAAAGGAAAAACCCAAGGAAGAAGAAGUCACCGUCACCGUUAUCCAGGCAUUUCCGACCAAAUACUUCAGCGACGCGGUUCUGCAAAGUCUGCUUCCGAGUGACUGGUGGUCCUCGAGUGUGAGCCAGUUUAACUCGAGGGACGCAGCCCCCCUUCGAAGGCCGGUCAACAUUUUCCACCCGUUUUUCCUCAGCCUCAACCAGGCCUUGCAGGGUCAAAUCUUCUGCAUAGAGAUGGUCGAGAAUCCGUACCUGUGGCUCAUGUACCAGCUGAAGGCCGUCGAGACCGUCCCGUUCUUCAACAGCACCGAGGUUUUGCUCUUCCACGGCACCAAGACUUCCAACCUGCACAACAUUUUCAACGACAACUUCAACUACCGACUUGCCGGCACGUCCGUCGGACACAGACACGGCCGCGGGGUGAAUUUCUCCUCCAACCCCCAGUUCUGCGUGCGCUUCGCGCAAAGGGGCUGCAUCGUGGUGGCGCGGGUGCUGCGGGGCGUCACGUCCCCCGGCAGUGCGGACACCCUGCUGCCGGCGCCGUUUUGCGACUCGACGGGAAAUUUCGCCGGCGACAUAAUUGUCAAGUACCACGACCACGAGUUUUAUCCAGAGUUUCUCGUUCACUUAAAAGCUUGAAUUAAUUGACUGUAAAUUCAAAAGCUAUCUAAACUUCACAGUGACCAACAAAAACUUUUUAAACUUGAGAUUUGUAAACAAUUACAAAUUAUUUUAAUGUUUUUUAUAAAACUGUACAAUUUAUUUAUAGUUCCUGUAUUGCAACUAUGCUAGAAACCAGAAAGAAUAGAAAGAAUUCUUUUAUAAGAAGAAAAUUCAAACCUCUUUGUUGUAAUUAUAACAAAAAUAAGCCAUUCACAAAAAAAAUCGUAAAGAGAAAUUAGUUCUUUUAUUUUUUACAAAAAAAAAUCAUCUUAUUCAAAUGAGUAUAAUAAUUUUUCAGCGCGUCUUUGUUUCUUGGUGCUGGUGCUUAAUAUUAUUUUGUUUAAGUAAUUCACAAUAAUUAAAUAUAAUUAAUGGCGGAAAUGCAAAUCACAGGUGGGCCUUUUAAUUAUAAUCAUAUUGUUUAAUACAUCUAUAAUUCAUGCUCUUAGCUCAGUAAAGCUUUUAAAGGUGUUAGAAAUAAUCUAAAAUUAACGCUUUUCUAAUAAAAAAAAUGUAUGUUCUUUUUAUGCCAUUUAAAUUUGGAUUUAUUUUCGCCUGCACAGCAACGCCUUGUAUACGUUACUCUCUACACCUUCCUCUUCAUGCGCCUAUAAAAGAACUCUAAGGGGAGCUAUUCUCCAUGCAAACUUAAAUUUAGUCCCCUGAGUUUACAAGAAAAAGUGCCAUUCAAUAAUCAAAUCUCCUCAGGGCCUGCGAAUUUGCAUAUAUAAAUUACACCGAUUUCCUACACACGCCAAUGAAGUCGUUACCCUUUAUCUGAUGCAAUAAGUCUCUCUGCGUCAAACCCUCCAGUUUUCGCUGAGCGCAUCAAACUCUUGGCAUCUUUAUAAGCGCUCCUGCAUUUUUUCCGUCUUGAAAAGAGGAAGAGGGAAGUGAAGUAAACCGGGUUGUGUUCUUCUUGAAUAUGUUCUUAUAAUUUUAAUUUUUAUUUAAAAGGGACAAAGAAAUCGACAAAAUGCCAGUUUCGGUCAUGAUCUGUGCUCCUUAUUUCAUGAUCGAGAAAAAAAACAAAAAUAAUAUUAUAUUUAUGCAGUAUUAAUGUUUAUAAAAAUAUUUUUUUAUGUUGCAUAUUACGAUUGUUUUCGCAACAAAAAGUUUGAACACUGAGAAAAUAAACAAAUUUCAUCUCAAGGCAAACCAGAGUGGUUUUUAGAGAGAGAAAAAAAAAAUAGAAAAAUAUAAAGCCUUCAAAGGUGCAUGUUGAGUUUAUUGAAGCGCGCGCCCUUGAUUUAUUUUCACAAAACUCUCAAGCUUUUCUUGUGACACAUCUGUCAGCAUUUUAAAAUGAUGCAUGCCCCACAGGGUGCCACGCAUUUUUUGAAAGCAUCUUGGCUCCUUCUUUCUGGACGACAGAGCAAUUUGUGAUUCUCAGCAGAGAAGAUAGAGAAAGAGCUCAGCAAGUUGGCGGCCCCCCGAGCGGCCAGUGCAUUUCCUCCCCAAAAAGAAAAGCAGCAGUCGCGUCUGACUCACUUCUGGAAAUCGGCGCCAGUCUAAUUUUCUUCUCCAAUGCCUGUGUGACAAAAAGCGAUUAUGCUUUAUGGUCUGUGCGAGACCCUUCUUCACCUAUUGUUAAUGAUCCCGAUUCUGAAAAUAAGGCGAAAAAGUAUGAGACUAAUCUCUUUACAUUGCACAGAGGGGUUCAAACUUAAAAAAAUCCCUAGGAGAGAUCUCAACAGCUUGUAUGAAAAAAAAUCCUUUCCAAGGAAACCAAACUCCAACAAGCUGCAAUUUUCGAAGAAAAACCCCAAUCAUAUUGUGAAAUUGUGAAGCGACUUGUGAACAAAAAUUAAAUUUUACAUUUUAUUACAUCCUGUUACGCUUUUUUUAAAUUCUUUUUGAAAAAAAUUGACAUUUUUUCAAUUUGUAAAAUAAUUUUACGAUUAAGAAAGUUGAUUCAUAUGAUGUUUGAAUUGAAAUUUGAAUUUUCCUAAAUGGGUUAUUGUUUUACU